AUGUCCACUUUCCAAUACCAAGACCUGUUGAAAAAAUUACCCAUCCCAGACUUGGAAGAAACAUGCAAGAGAUAUUUGAAAGUUUUAGAGCCAUUGCAGUCCAAUAAAGAGCAUCUUAGAACUAAAGCUGCUGUUGAACUAUUUCUCAAGGGAAGCAACCAUAUCGAUGGUGAAGCUACAUCCCAGUCCAUCGGCUGCUACCUUGACGAUUACUUGCGCAAGUACGACAAAGACCAACCUAGUUACAUUGAACAGUUUUGGUAUGAUGCUUACUUGAAUUACGACUCACCAGUGGUGUUGAAUGUUAAUCCAUUUUUCCUUUUGGAGGAUGAUCCAUUCACUCAAAAUGAAACUACUUCGGCAAAUCCUCAAAUCAAACGAGCAGCAACUCUUACAUUAUCCUCGCUCAAGUUUAUCCAAGCAUUGAAGAAUGAAACUUUGAGUGUCGACAAGUUGAAAAAUGGGAAACCGUUGUGCAUGUACCAGUACUCGAAGUUAUUUGGCGCGUCAAGAAUACCCACCGAUGAUGGAUGCAUGAUGCAAACCGAUGCAAACUCCAACCAUAUAGUGGUCAUGUCCAAAUCACAGUUUUAUUGGUUCGAUGUGCUUGAUUCUCAAAACAACAUCAUCUUGAGCGAGUCGGAGUUGAAUGUCAACUUUAGCUCAAUCAUCCACGACUCAUUGUCUACUGCAAACACUGACGUGGCCAAGUCCUCGUUUGGUGUAUUGACUACAGAGAAUAGAAAAUUGUGGGCCAAUAUACGUAACAACUUGAUUGGAACUAAUAAAGUCAACAAGGAGGUAUUGUACAUUAUUGAUUCAGCCCUAUUCAUUGUUUGUCUCGAUGACAUUGAAUUGGAAGAUUUGUCCGAAUUGGCACAAAACAUGUUGGGUGGAUUAUCCAUCUUAGACAAGGGUAUUCAAGUGGGAACAUGCACCAACAGAUGGUUUGACAAGUUGCAGAUCAUCAUCACCAAAAACGGGAAAGCUGGAAUCAACUUUGAACAUACCGGAGUUGACGGCCAUACCGUCUUGCGCUACGUUUCAGACAUUUACACCGAUUCCAUCUUGUCAUUUGCCCAAACAAUCAACAAAAAUGCCCCUGCCUUGUGGAAAAAUGCAACUUUUAACCAAACGCAGUCUUCUUUUGCCAAUGAGCAUUUGAUUACAAUCCCAAGGAAAUUGGAAUGGGACUUGACUCCAGACUUGUCUCUUGCAUUACGUUUUGGUGAGACAAGAUUGUCGGAUUUACUUCACCAAAAUGAAAUUCAACAUUUGGAGUAUAGACAAUAUGGAUCAAGCCAAAUCAAGAGUAUGCGGUUUAGUCCAGAUGCAUUUGUUCAAAUGGCUUUCCAAGCAACUUACUAUGCAUUGUAUGGGAAAGUUGAGUGCACUUAUGAACCAGCCAUGACUAAACAUUUCUUUCACGGAAGAACCGAGGCAAUUCGAACUGUCUCCAAGGAGUCGAAUGAGUUUGUUGAAACUUAUUUCAACCGCAACGCAACCAACAAGGAGAAAUUGGAAAAACUUGGAGAAGCUUGUAAAGCACACUCAUCGCAAACGAGAUUGGCUUCGAAUGGAGAGGGCGUUGAUCGUCACUUGUAUGCGUUGCACUGCUUAUGGGCAAGACUCUUGAAACAAUACCAACAAGGUGUCUUGAAUGAUCUGUAUGGUGGUACUAUACCAGAAUUUGUUAGUUCAAUUCCACCUAUAUUUGCUGAUGCAGGUUGGAAUAAGUUGAACGAUGCAAUCCUAUCAACUUCAAAUUGUGGUAAUCCUGCAUUGCGUCUUUUUGGGUUUGGACCUGUGUCAGCAAGCGGUUUCGGUAUUGGAUACAUUAUCAGAGAUGAUUCAAUUUCGUUUUGCGUUGCCUCAAAACACCGCCAAACUAAACGUUUCCUUGCCACUUUGCUUUGCUAUUUGAAUGAUAUCGAAAGCAUGCAUAAAGAUCAAUAG